UGUGGCUGGCUUUAAGAGAGCAGCUCAGUCAGAGUGAGUGCAGACGAGGCGGGAAGCAGGACCGGCCGGGAGCAUGGCUCUUCUGUCAACCAGAAUGCCUGACCUCACCACCACCGCGGAGUCACUCAACUCCACCAACAGCUCCGACUGUCCCGACUCUAACGCCUGGGACGCCUUAUACAGCAACGGGCCCUUCUACAUCCUCCUCAUCACCGUGCUGGGAAUCGUCUUCAACCUGUUCGUCCUGAUGGUUUUCUGCCUCCACAAGAAGGCGUGCACCGUGGCUGAGAUCUAUCUGAGCAACCUGGCGGCCGCUGACCUGCUCCUGGUCUCCUGCCUCCCCUUCUGGGCCGUCAACUUCCUCAACAAGUUCAACUGGCCCUUCGGUCUGUUCCUGUGUAAAGUGGUCAACAUGGGCAUCAAGAUGAAUGUCUACUGCAGCAUCUACUUUCUGGUUGUUGUUAGCAUCGACCGCUACGUGGCACUAGUGCACACCAUGUCACAUGGACGACUGCGAAGAACUAAGUAUGCCAAGUUGAGCGUUGUGCUGGUGUGGUGCUUCGGCUUCCUCCUGACGAUCCCAGGGCUGGUUUUCAGGUCGAUCGAUUAUUUCCCAGAGCAUGACGUCACCGCCUGCUUCCUGCGUUACCCCAGCCCCUCCGUGGGGCUCUUCCUCGACGGGCUGCUAGUGUUUUUAAGCUUCAUCAUACCGAUGAUCAUCAUAUCCUUCUGCACUUACAAGAUCAUCCAGGCCUUGAAGAACCAGCCGAUGGAGCGGUUCAACGCGGAGAAAACAGAGAACAAAGCCACAGUUCUGAUCCUGGUCGUCCUCUUGGCCUUCCUGAUCUGCUGGGUGCCUUUUCACCUCAUCACCACCGUGGAUGUUUUCCUGAGGGCUGCAGAGGUGCAUGGAUGCGACAUCACCACAGCGCUGGAUAUCUGCAACCAGAUCUUCACCUACCUGGGCUUCUUCAACAGCGUCCUCAACCCCAUCCUGUACGUCAUUGUAGGGAAAAACUUCCGGAAGAAAAUCCGGGAAGUUUUCAGGCAGUUUCGUCAGCGGAAGAAGGCAGCGGACUCCACGCGGUCACACCUUUCGUCCACGCAGAAGACUACCGUCUGAGGAGGCGGGAGCAAGACUUCAAAUCAAAAAGCACUCAGGGCGUAGACCAUCAGCAAGGACCUCGCACCUCAUUUUUGCCCACUUGGCCUCCUACAAGAUGGUUCGGAAGGCAGCUACAUUCCGGUGGUAUCCCGAGGUGCCUCGCCCCCAACUGGCUUCCUCCUCAUGAAUUACCAAUUGUUUUUAUGUGAGAAAUAGCUUCUUUUAAUUGGAAAAACUAUAAAAAAAAAUUUGAAAAGAAUAUUUAUGACUUUUUUGUGUAUAGACCAUGUACAGACCCAAUACUGGUGGGUGCAUGAUUUGUUUCUGCGAAUGUUAAAUUCCACACUGUGUGUCUCAGAAACGUAAAUAUGACAAGUGCAUUGGGGUCGAAACUCUUAUUGACUGCCAAGGUAAUUUGACCCCAUAGAUGUUACACACGUCCACACAUCCUCUCUCGUCUUCAUCCAUCGUUCUAACCUCAUCUUUUUCUUUUUACCUUAUUAUCUUUGUCUCUCUCUUCUGUCACAGCAACAUGUCCUCAAUCCUAAUGCAUGACAUACUGACUCACCUUCCACUGCAUUUCCUGGCUUUGGGUCAUCAUGGGGUGGCGUCGAUAUUCGCUUUCAUGCUACUUAGUUCACAUAGGAUCAUGGCGCUUUAUGGCGCCAACUCUAGGAGUGAAGCACAUGGCUAUAUAAGGUGCUAUAUUUACCAAGUAUCAGCGAACAUUUCAUUUGGUAGCGAUAAGGAUCCGUCAACAUGCAACAUGGAAGGCUGAUUUCUGUGUCAACAUUUGGAUCCUCAUAACAAAUCACUAUAUCAUCAGCAGACAUCAUCAUCAUCACCAUGUCCAACAGCGCCCCCUAACUGCAUGCUAAAAAUAUAAAGUCGUUGCAUUUGUUUAAGCGUCGCUAGCAUUAGCUAGCUGAUAAAGAUGGAACCACAAUCUCAGUGAUGUGUCAAAGAAAUGAGCAUCUCAACGUAAUUUAAGUUUUGUAUUGUCGUGUUUGUUAUUCUCCUGGAGAGAAGUAUUAGCAACAGCACUAUCUCACCAUUUUAAACGUGCAACUUGCCGUCAACUGUGCUCACAAUGUUGUAAUGUGUAACAUGCGUCAGUCUAUUAUUAAUGUCUGUAUGCUGGUGGUCAGAAAUCAUGUUUUUUAGUUCUCACACAUCUGAAAGAUUCUAAAUGUAAAUGUGAAACAACUUCUCCAAACUGCUUUGCUCAGUGUUUCCUGACUUAUUGUCUG